AUAUCUUUGCCGAGAUUCGUGGAAUGCUUAGUUUUGACAAACGACUUUGAUCGAAUAGAAGUGGUGGAAGUUGCGGAGGUUGGGAAGAGUGUUUGUUGUGUAAAUUUCUGUGUUAUUGUUAUUACAUCGGUAAAUUGUUUAUUGUUUGAAGUCAAAAAAUAUUGCCAAGAUGCCUGUGUUUCAUACGAAAACGAUAGAGAGCAUUUUGGAACCUGUUGCUCAGCAGGUGUCACGUUUGGUGAUUCUUCAUGAAGAAGCAGAAGAUGGCAAUCCUAUGCCUGAUCUUGAACGGCCUGUAAUGGCUGUUAGUCGUGCUGUUGCUAAUUUAGUCAAGGUUGGACGAGAAACAAUCAACAGCAGUGAUGAUCCAAUUCUGAAGCAAGAUAUGCCAGCAGCUUUGAUGAGAGUUGAAGGUGCAUCAAAACUGCUUGAGGAAGCAUCUGCUAUGCUCAAGCAGGACCCAUUGAGUGGCUCAGCAAGAAAGAAAUUGAUUGAAGGUUCUCGUGGCAUUCUGCAAGGUACAUCAGCUCUCUUGCUGUGUUUUGAUGAAUCAGAGGUUCGCAAGAUCAUUAGAGAAUGCAAGAGAGUGCUGGAUUAUCUGGCUGUAGCAGAAGUCAUUGAGACAAUGGAGGAUUUAGUGCAAUUCUUAAAAGAUUUGAGCCCCUGCCUUAGCAAGGUUUCUCGUGAGGUUGGUGGUCGAGAGAAAGAGUUAACUCAUCAGGUGCAUCGUGAAAUCCUCAUAAGAUGCUUAGAUCAAGUUAAGACACUUGCACCAAUUCUUAUAUGUAGUAUGAAGAUAUUCAUUCAUAUCAUUGCACAGGGUGGCAAAGGUGCUGAAGAAGCUGCUGAGAACCGUAAUUAUUUGGCACAACGAAUGACAGAUGAAAUAAAUGAGAUUAUUAGAGUACUACAGUUGACAACAUAUGAUGAAGAAGAAUGGGAUGCUGAUAACCUUACUGUAAUGAAGAAAGCUCAGAAUGCUAUUGAAGGAAAAAUACGUGCAGCUCAUGACUGGCUUGAGGAUCCACUUGCCCUCCGAGGAGGAGUAGGGGAGAAAUCUGUCAGGCAGGUUCUGGAACAUGCCAACAGGGUAGCCGAUCGUGCCUUGCCUGGUGAUUCUGAGGCCCUUCACCGGUUGUGUGGUGAAGUGACAACAAUGACAGAUGCUCUUUGUGAACUGCGUCAAGAUGGAAAGGGAGCCACUCCACAGGCAGAAUGCUUGGCACGUGGUAUUCAGGAAAAACUGUCAGCAUUGCAGUCACUUGUUGGGCGAGCUGUCCAGUCUGUGGAGAGAUCUGGUGUCCAACAACCUGCUCACACUGUUACUGGGAGAUUGGAGCAAGCAAGGCGAUGGCUGGCAAAUCCUGAGCGAGAUGACCGUGGUUUGGGUCAGCGUGCAAUAGCACUCAUAGUUGAUGAGGGCAAAAAGGUUGCUGAAGGAUUGCCAGGAGUGCACAAAGCAGAAAUACUGCAGCUUUGUGAUGAGGUUGACAUGUUAUCACAUCAGUUAAGUGAUUUGUGCCAUCAGGGACUUGGUAAUUCAGCCCGUGCACAAGAUAUUGCAAGGGCACUAUCACAGAAGCUCUAUGAACUGAAGAACCGUAUCCAGGAUGCAGUUGUUAGUCGUGUUGUAGAAGAUUUUGUUGACAUUAGCACUCCUCUCAAACAAUUUACGGAUGCUGUCCAUUUGCCUGAAGAUACUCCAGGUGCUGAAUACAACUUUGCAGAGAAGGCUAAACAACUGCAAAAUUUUUCAAGCCGUGCAUCAAAAACUGCUCGAAUGGUUGCAGCUGGUGGCAGUGGUGGCAAUAAGAAGUUAGCUGAGGCACUCCUAAGUUCGGCUACACAGGUGGAAAGCUUGACUCCUCAGCUGAUCAAUGCUGGCCGUAUUCGUAAAAGCUAUCCAGAGAGCAAAGCUGCUGAUGAACACUUUGAAAAUUUAGUUUCCCAAUAUUCUGAUAGCAUUCAACGAGUACGAGCUCUCUGUGAUGAAGCUACUGAUUCUGCUGACUUUAUCAAGAUGUCUGAGGAGCAAAUACAGAAACACACAGUUCUUUGUGAGGAUGCAAUUCACACAAAUCAACGCCAGAAGAUGGUUGACAACACAUCGAGCAUCGCACGACUUGCAAACCGUGUACUUAUGGUGGCCAAACAGGAGAGUGAUAACUCAGAAGACCCCCAGUUUGUGGACCGUGUUAAUCGUGCUUCUGUCGCUGUUCAAGGAAGUCUGCCACCCAUGGUACAUGGUGCAAAAGCAGUUGCCAUGAAUACUCAGGAUUCUAUUGCUGUUGCAAGGUGGCGAGAAUCUAACAGAGCGCUCCUGACAGCCGUAGGACAAGUGCGACAGGCUGUAACAGUUUCACCAGAUCUGCCACCACCGCCAGAUAUGUCCAGCCUUAACAUAAAUGAUGAAAUUGUAGAACCUUUCCAGCCUUCGCUUCAGUAUAAUUACUUCACUGAGAAAGUGGGACAGCCUCUCCGUGAGCAGCUUGGAUCGGACCUUGGUGCUACUACUUCUGCUUCACCUGUCGGAUCACGACCCCACAGUUCUGCUGCCCUCAGCCCUCUGCCCAAAUGGGCUCGAGAUUACGCUCCACCACGACCACCGUUGCCUGGAGGGGAAGUUCCACCACCAAGGCCACCUCCACCUGAGACAGAUGAUGAAGAUGAUAUGUUUUCACAUGCUCCUCUACCUAAUCAACCUAUUAUGGUAGCAGCUCAUGGACUACAUCAAGAAGUCCGUCAGUGGUCAAGUAAAGACAAUGACAUUAUUGCAGCUGCCAAGAAGAUGGCAGUAUUGAUGGGGCGUCUUAGUAAACUAGUGCGUGGGGAAGGUGGCAGUGGCAGCAAGCGGGAUCUUAUAGCCUGUGCCAAAUCAAUAGCUGAAGCCAGUGAAGAAGUCACACGCCUUGCCAAAGAGCUUGCCAGAGAAUGCACUGACAAACGAAUGCGCACUAACCUCCUUCAGGUGUGUGAACGUAUUCCAACAAUUGGGACACAGCUGAAAAUACUUUCCACAGUGAAGGCAACAAUGUUAGGUGCUCAAGAAACUAUUCCACGGAUGGACAUGGGAGAGAUUCGAGGGGGAACUGAAGAGGAUCAGGAAGCGACAGAUAUGCUUGUCGGAAAUGCCCAAAACCUUAUGCAAUCUGUGAAGGAAACUGUACGUGCUGCUGAAUCAGCUUCCAUAAAGAUACGAACAGAUGCUGGUAUUAGGCUUCGCUGGGUCCGUAAGCAACCCUGGUACCAGUAUUGAGAUUUCCUUCUCCAGUAACAGGUUCUUUGCAAAAAACUAGUUGACCUGAACGGUUGAUGUUGCUGCAUCCAGGUGAUACUCUUAAUCAAUAGAAUGUUCAUUUUUAUGUAGAAAGGAAUACCUAUUUUCAUAAUUGUUUAGAAAAAUGGGGUAAUUUUUAAUGGUCUUUUCCACAGAAUGAGAUUUACUCUAUACAAAGCAAAUGUAGGAAAAUAUUUUUAGAGUCUCAACUAGUUCUAGCAAAUGUCCAUCUUAUUUUUAAUCUGUCAUUAUUGUUGAAGUAAGACAUUAGAUCCCUCCGUGCACUAUGGGGGGAAAAAAUGGUAGAAAUUAAAAGCCGUGAUGACUAAUUGCGUAAGUAUUCAGCUUUAACAUCAAUAUUGUUAACAUGAAAGCAAAUUGACUGCACUUGCUGUGUAGGUCGACAGCAGACAGCAUAAAGUUUCUGUAGACAUCAAAAUUUUUGCACCUUUAUUAAGUGAUUAUUAAAAUUAGUGUAAGAGGAAAUAGGCAGACUUUUGUGUGGAGUACUGUAGCAAACAUUUUUUUCUUAAAAAAAAAGAGGAAACUGUAUGGAACUAUCAAAAAUCUUAUUCAUUUAUUUAUCUAAUAGGGUAUAAAAACUUAUUGUAUUUGCCAUGUCGUAACACAGUAUCUAAUAUGUUAACUGUGCCAUUGAAUUAUUGUGUGUUCUUGUGACUAUAGCUUAAUAAUGUUUAUUUAUUGGGUACUUUACUUCAGGAACUUCAAAAGUGAGUCAUUAUUGUUCUGUCACUAGUGGACUGAUGUUUGAACUGUAGGUCACAAAUCCAUGUUCCCAAUGGAACUUUAACUAGUGCUACCAUCUUAUUACAGUUUUCGUGGAAAUUUCUGAACACAUUGUCUUCAGUAGUUAGUGGAUUGAACAUGUGAGAAAUCACAACACUAAAACUGAUUGAUAUGUGUCAUGGAUUUUAGUUUUGUCAUCAUUGUACCAUAUACAUUCAUCAAUGUUCAGAGCUGGCAUGUGAAUACGUGUUGUUAUGUUUUUGUCUCUUGCGCACUAAAUGGAUACGGCAUUUCUUCAGAUGCUGUUAUACCUCCUCUCCUUCUAUAUUCUAAUACUUUCAUUUGAUACAUUAUCAAAUGUGAACAGGAAUUUUGUUUUAUGUCUGUAAAUAAACGAGUUACCAGGGUACUUUCCGAAUUAUGGCUGAUAGCAAUGAAGAAAGCAAUUAACUUGAUGCAGAUAAUUGUCAUUUAAACACAAAUAGUGCUGUAUUUACAGUUAUUACAUUUAAAACUAAACAAAAAUGUCAAAUGCUGGUUGUCUGUAAUUCAAAACUGAUCCAGUUGUAAAGUUUAAGCAUGUAACUGUAGGUUCAGUGGAAACUAAGGAGAUGAAGCACAGCAAUUCAGUCACUCAGUUUGACACUCUUAAGUUUUUGCAUUAUAGCUAAGAAAAUUAUUUUAUUGGUCUCCAGAUUCAUAGUUGUGCAAAAUAAACAUUCGUUUCAUUAUACGUUUUCAUCUCCAUUGUCUAUCCUGAAAAUAUCAACCGUUAAUUUUAACUAAAAAUAUUUUGUUAGGUUCUCACGUCAUAUCUUCUGUUAACUAUAAGGUGCCUUGAAGACAUAAUAAAGAUAAUUGUAAGGUGCAAGAAAUAUUAUAUGGUGUGUAGAGACAAUGUUGUGCACUUGUAUUUGAUAAUCAUGUACGCUUAUAUGGCUUAAUGGUGCAAGAACGUUGUUCCAGUGUUGAAAACAUUUCAUUGCCUUAAAUCACAAAUCUAUUUUAAAAUAAUUGCUGUGUUGUUUUAUGCUACCUGUCUCAAUUGAUCUGUGACUAUAAGCUUAUUUUUGUAUUAGACAGGUGUUCAUUCACACUGUCUGAAAAUCUUGUGGGAGUUCCAUACUGUUUUACUUAGAAAUGUCAGCACAACUAUUUAUCAACGCACAUAUUAGAUAUAGUAUCUGUAUACUUAUGGGAACAUGUGGUCCCAUCAAAAGUCUGAUGCUAACUGGUGGUGCAAAUAGAAUUGCCAUAUGCUGUAUAUUCUUCAAAGGAAAUCUAGUGUUAAAGUAGAUAGUGUAGCUAUGUGCCUAUAAUAAGACUGAUAUGUACUGUGGCCUGUUGCUAUCCGCAAAUAUUAAUUUUAUUUCAUGAUACUUAUUUCAUAUUUGACUCAAUACAGAAAGUCAAUUUUACAUAUACAUCUAUUGCAGAUUUUUAUAGGUUUUCAUUAAAAUAUCUCAUGUGUACUCAUAUAAUUAUCUAAAUGAGCCAUUUUCCUAUGCUUGAUAAAUACACAGUUAUAAACAUAGCAUUUAUCUGAAUCUGUCUUGCUAUCAGAGAAGAAUCAACUGUUUUGCUGUGUAUUAAUGAAAGUCAUUUCAUUGUGUACAUUGCUUUCUUAUGUGGUUUAGUAAUAAAUUAAAUCUAUUGCUCUUACCACUAUUUUAGCCUGUAACAGUUGUCUGGAAUAUGCUAACUGGAUAAUGUGACUGAAAUGUUUAUAUUUAUGGCACGUAAACUGUCCCCACACUUGCUAUUCAUGUGUGUAUUCCAGGAAAAAUUUCACAUGAUUGAAAAUUGUAUUAAUUUUAUUUACACACUUUUCACGGUUAUAAUCAUACUUUAUGUUCAUUGUGGUCUUCACAAAAAGUACACUGCAAAUAUGCCCAGGAAACCCUCACAUUUACAUUAAACAUGCUUUGUUCUUUUUACUUAAAAGUUGAACUGGUAUCAUUUAACCCUUUUUCAGGGCUUAUGCCUGAAAAAUCUAACACCAUAAAUAUCUUUUAAGUGUAGGAGCCAAAUAAUUUCUGUACCUCUCCAUCAAACCACAUUGUACCUGUUAGAAUCUUCACUUAGCAGUUUGGCAGUAUUAACUGUCCUGAAAAGUUGAGCUGUACACACACUAAUCUCUGCAUUUGUUUCUGCAGCGUGACAAAACAAAUCAUUCCGAGAGUGACAUUCAUUGAUUUACCUUUUUGUUUUGAAUCUUUAUUGUUCAUUUUAGUUUGACUAAUUCAAAUUACACCACCAUUGUGUAUUUUGUGACUCAAAAAGCAAAACAGCAAACUGUAUCUUUUUGCAUGCAUGUAUUUUCUACAUGUUAUUUCAACUUCAGUAUUAGUAGUAAAUUUUUAAAUGAUGAUUAAAUUAUGUAUUCCACAAAAAAAAUUCUCCAUUAAUAUGAUCUAUAAUCAUGCAAAUAAGUUUAGUCCCCUUUGUAAACAGAGAAUUUUGUUGUUCCAUUUCAUACAUUCAUAAACUUUGCAAUACAGUUUGUUAAAAUGGACAAAACAUUAUAUAAACAAGUCCGCCAUUACAAGAGUUGCCUCAUUUUCACAAAUCCUGUUCUUACCAACAUCAUUAUAGACAGGAGUGAGUACAAAACAGCCAAUUUUAUUAGAAUUCUUCAAAAGCAUGCAGAAUAAGAAAUUUGAAUUGGCACUAAAAAAAUGUACAUUAAAGUAACACAAUACAUUAACCAAAAAAAAUCUGUUACAGAUACUACACCCUGAGAUACUAUGCCAGUUUCGAUCUCAGUGGCAAUACACAGUCAUGAACUGUUCUUAAAAUGACAUCACUUAACCCAGAUCACAACUCAGUCACACCGUAAAUACAGUGAAAGAGUUAAUUUUAUUUUAACAGGAAAAGGUCAAUUCUUUACACACAAAUAUAUACACAUUACACACAUCAACAUAGUAAGUAAAGUAUAAAUAAUCUAAAAUUACUUAAAAUACUAAAGUUUUAAACAGUCUUAAUAAAAUGAGAGUAUGCUUCAUUAUUUAAUUAUGGAAUAAACCAAAGAACGACUACCACACUGCACUGUGUAAGCAUGGAGGGCUUCUUUACUUAAUGUGUUCUUUGGUUGCUCCCUGUUAGGAUUGCUGUGCACAGAUGUUGCCAUUUUCUUCAGAAGUUCAAUUUCUCUCUCUCUCUCUCUCUCUCUCUCUCUCUCUCUCUCUCUCUCUCUCUCUCUCUCUCUCCCCCCCCCCCCCCCCCCCCUCGUACUUUGACUCAUUUCAUUGGUGAUUUACUGUAUAUCUUACUAAGACACUGCAGUGUGUGGCUUUUUAUCAUUGAAUAUAUUCUACUUGCUUUUUAGAGUGGCUGGAAACACUGACACUUUUGAAAACAAAGUACUGAAAUGUAUCUUUUGUUAUUGUUUUCAACAAGAGACUAUAUGAUUUUUAACAAACCUGGUGGUCUUUCCCAAUGAGUUUUCUCUCGGUUUGAUGAGUUUUUAGGAAGCAGCUAUCAACCACACUAAAUUGGAGAGCUAUUUCUAAAACGUCUUCUUCUUUCUUUCCAUUGUCAUUUUUGGGCUACACUGCAUGUACAGGAUGAAUUAUUAAUCAACUGUUGAAUGUUUUGAGAGCUGUAAUGGUGUAUAGUAAAAUAAAGGAUAAACUAAAAUUAUAAGCCAGACAUUUUUAACCCAAAUUUAUCAUUUCUGUUUCACUUGUCUUUCUGUAGGAAACUAAUUUCACUGUGGAUGCUGUAACUUCAGAGCAGUUCUCUGUUGAUGAACAUACUUAUGUACAAAAAAGUUGUGCCAAGAAACUAUAAAAUGUUGCAAAACAGUAUCAUCAAUUUUAUGUUGUAGUUGGUAACUAUUGCUUAAAAAUGUAUCUUACCAUGCAACCAUUCUACAGUGAAAAUGGCUUUAUGACUCUUGGAGUUUGUCUUGAACCAUUCUUUCCAGACUUCCUUUUCUGUAGAUGUUUUCAAGCAGUCUUCAAAUACAGUAUUUUUGCCAGUGUUUAGUUCAGCUGGAGAGUGAUGUUCUCAUUCUGUUGGAAACUAUUCUGCUUGACAUUCCUCCAUUAACUGCUUUGGUAUUUGCCUUGUUUGUGGGUUCGAAUUGAAUGUUGUGUAAUCAAGAGUGCAGUCCACUUGAGGCACCAACGAAGAAAAACAAUGAGGGGAAAAUGUUCUACUUUCAGAAGGCAGUAUAUGUCAUUAGAAAGUCCAGGAGUGAAUAUGUGUAUAUGAGCAUAGAACACUACUCACUAAAUAAGAGCCACCAAACUAUGGAUAAGCAGAUAAAAAUAUGUUCGCCUGAAAACUAAGUAAUUUGUGUCUGUCUGUCUGCUGCUCAGCACAUCCUGUAUUUGCUAAAUAAUGAUUUAACUUCAUAGACUAUUACUCACCAAAUAGCAGAUGUACUGAGUAGGAGACACACACAGAAAUUGCUUCGUUUUCAGACAAAGUAUGUAUAUCUCCUUUUCAUUGAUUUUAAGCUGUUACCAUGUAAUUAUUCAAAAAUAUGAAUUUCCAAAUAAGCCAUUUCAGAUUACUGUUACACACAAUAAAGGAAAAACCAACAACGAAUUUAAUAAUGUGUAUUUUAGGCUAAACAUGAAGUGUGUAAAUAGUUUGUUCUCUCCUCGUGGUUCAAAAUUCUUUGUCCAGUUAUGCUAUAUUCAGUUAGUACACAUGAUAUAAUCCACAGUAAAUGUAAUCUCUCCUAUUUUGUUCAUAGGCAGAAAAGAAAAGCUAUUGGUUGAAUUGGCCGACUACUAGUUCUAACAACUAAAUUAAAGUAGCACUGUGGCAUAAAACACAGUCUUGUAUUUGUUUCUAACCAGUUAAUAAGAUCCUUUAAUAGCUGGAUUUCUUGAAAUACUAUGAUUAUUCUGAAGAAGUCAGUAGUUAAUUCACGAUUUCGUGAUGAGAGGACUGCUGUUCUGCCACCUCUCCCCUCUCCCUUUUUAUUGUACAUCCGUUGUUCCCAACAAUUAAAUCUGUGGAAGCAGUGUGGAUCUCACCUACAAACAUAUAAAUUUUCAAUGCCAAUAUAACUCAGCAAUUUUUUUUCUAGGAAAUGUGAUUUAGUUAUUUGAGGGAAGCUGUGUAGUGUCACCUUCUGCCACUGUCUCAAGAUAUUUGUGAAUUGCUCAGCUACAGGUGGGCAGAUGAUACCUAUGCUGUGGUCUGUAUCUGAUCUCUCAUUCAUAAGAAUACAUAGUCGAGCCAAAGGAUAGCAGGAAACAAGCUAGGAGGAGAGAGAAGUUUUCUGUUUAAAUUUGCAUUAUAGCAGUUAUAGUUUAGCCAGUGCAAUUGUAACGAGAAAACAUGUUAAUUAGUUGUUCCCCAGUUGUGUACUGUUACACCACAAAUUGUGUGUUAUGUAUUAGAAUGUAAUGCCUGCAAAUAGACUAUUUAUUUAUGUUAAUUUUUAUCCCAAUUGCUACAACAUCAUACCUCAUUGCCUGACUUUGACUUUUUGUUGCAUAUUUAAAAGGCUAAUGAUUCCUCUAAUCGGAAUUAUUAUUUCUUAUGAGAACUAGACUAACUCGUUCGCCAUUGCUCAUAUAACUGAGACGUAUUUGAGCUCUCUAAAUUAUUAUUUUGAUAAUGUUUUAAAACUGUUAACAAAUAUUUUGUGCUAAAGGAGUUCUAUUCUGUUGCAGUAUAUGAUAAAAGUGCUGACUACUGUAAGUAGUACAUGAAUCUGUAAGGAGGCUAUACAGUGAGAUGUAUGAAUAAUAAGGACCAGUAAUUCAUGAAGUUUCAGUGAUAGUAACAUGAGUUAGAAAAAUGAACCACUCCUUCUGUCCUACUGCAUGAUGUCAGCUGCCAGUAUCACUUUACUUUUUUUUGUCCAGAAUUUUCCCAGAAAUUCUUCUCUUAAUGUUUUGAACUUUCAUAGUAAUAAAUGAGCACGUCAGAGCAAGAAAAUAUACACGAAAAGUUGUAAUUCGUGAUAAUGUCUUAUUUGAACUUUCAUGGAUGUUCGCUGUAUUCACUACAUGACAUUGUAGUUUUGAGCUCACUUCAUUAAUAAUGUGGUAGUGAUACUAAGCAUCUGCUGUGUCAGUGAACACACACAUUCUGUUAUUCACUUGCAUUCCAGUUCUGCCUUUCCCAGAACAUAUUUUCCUGAUAAACUUGCCAACUUUCUUAUGCAAGAAACUGUUUCAGAACCCCUGUACAUCCUUCCGUCCUCUUGAUAUCUGUUGUCAUUACUAGAUUAGUUAAGCCUCAACAGUUGGUGAAAACUAUAGGGACAAUUGCUGCCUCAAAAUUUUCUCGUAGUGAUCUGUAGUUUUAUUGCAGAUUUGCAAAGAUAAUGUUGCAUUGUAAGUGUACUAUUCAGAUUAGCUUCAUAAAUGUGUACUAACUAAAUUAAUAAAGAUAAAUGUAUGUCCAAACACUUUCCUCUCAUCAAAACAAAACAACUUACUUUGGUGGAGCCAAAUUGUGCCUAUAUGCUUCAUUGUAACCAUACUAAAGUUAUAUGACGGGCAGAAACCUAUCAGUGCUUAAAUUGAUUAAAUCUGCAGAACUGUGUAGUAUAAUUGUCAAAUGAUAAUUCAUUUCAUUGGUAACUUUUGACCAAUCAAAACACUUUUAUUCAUUGUGGAUGUGGAACACUGUGACUGUGUUGAAUAAAGGUUUUCAGAAAUAACUGCAACCAGUCACCUUCUGUGAUUCUUUAAUUUUUAUUUACCAUGGCCAGUUUUGAAUUGCCUAGUGAUUCAUCAGAUGAUUCACAUUUAUUGAUUGUUUGGAGCAUUGUGGAUGUUGUGUAGGAUUAUUACCAUCCAAUGGUUUAUUUCUGGUGCAUACACUGUUCUGGAGAAUGUAACGUUUGUUUUCUGGUAAUAUUAAUUUAUUGAACUAAACAAACCUUACUACAGUUAGCAACUCCCACAUGGGUUACAAAAAGUAAAUAAAUCAUUAUUUCCAUUACUGUGUGAUUUGAAACUGGUCAUGGUAGAUAAAAAUUGAAAAAUCACAAAAAGCAACUGGUUACAGCUAUUUCUGGAAACCCUGAAUGAAAAUACAUCGUUCAUUUAUGACCAGUCAACACAUUGCUCUUUUUGUGACAUGUCAUAUCUAGUGUAAAUGCUAUUUUUGGUGAAAUAUUUGCAUUUAUCUGCGACUUACUGCUCCUCUUUACUUAGUACCGUAUAAGAAAGGAGAUGAAUUGAUAACAGCUUUGCAAAGGCCAGAAGGUAGUACCUCAGUGAGAGAGGAGUAGGAGAUGGGUGCUUGAAACAGUUUGGUCAGAAGUGCAUCCACAAUUAGCCCAGUAGAAGAACCAUUGCCAUGUAACAUGGAAAAUUACAUUAAACGCUCAAUAAAAAAAGGAAAAAAAUGCAUAGUAAUUCAAAAUGGAUGUGUUGAUAGAGGUAGCAUUUUUCACCACUGCUGUUAUAUAUUUCAGUUCAUUUUAUUGUGAUAGGUGGUGAUUUAAAAACGGAAUUUUAACCAUCUAAGAAUUUUAAUUCAUAAGCAACGAAACUUCUCAUUGCCUCCAGCUAUGAUGACAAUAGCAUUCUAAUUGCAGGUGUCAAUUUCAAAUGAAUCACAUUUUAUGCUCCAUCAGACAGAUGGAUGAUCACCACAUUGCCCUGUGUAAGCAUGAAGGGGUUCUUUACGUAAUUUGUUCUUUCGUUUUUCGCUAUUAGGAUUGCUGUGCACAAAUGUUGUCAUUUUCUUCAGAAGUUCAAUUUCUCUCUUUGUCCAUGUGAAGUAGUGGUAAUGUUGACAUCAUGUAGGUUGGGAUAUUGAGAGAUAAUAGAAAAGGAUUAUUCUGCUUAAGCAGAAAUAUACUCUUGUGCCUGAAUUGUUGGUCCUUUCUUCACACUGCAUUGAGUAAUACUAAUUUUUGUUGUUGUUAGUAAUAGUGAAUACAAUUUUUUUGUUGUUUCUUCAGAUAUAUAAACUGUGUUCAUUUAAUUUUCAUUAGAUUUAAUGAAAUAAAUAUUUUGUUAUUUAAUGUACAAUUUCGUGUCAUGUGAAGUUUAUUAAUACUUUUCUUUGUUUAAUGAUUUUUAACAUAUAAUAUUUAUAAAGAUUGUUAACUAAAAUUUUGUAUGUGAACUUACUUCCAAUAAAAUGAAGUUUGAACUAUGUUAUCCUCUAAAUGUAAGGAGAAGAAAAUUCGCAUCUCUGAUUUUUAGUAAUUUUAAAAAUCAGCAUCUAUUUUAUGUAUAUUUGAUGUGACUACAUAACGUGUUUGGUAGUGACUAUCUAAUCUGAGUUUUUUUCUAAAUGCAAUCCUGUGUAUCAGAUUUCCUACCACACCACUUGAUUUGUAUGCACUCUUGUGCUCCACACACACACACACACACACACACACACACACACACACACACGAAGGAUCUGUAUUCUUCCCUAUUUCUCUGUCCCACAAGCAUGAUACAAAAGCAAAUGAAUUUGCCUCUAUUGCCUUUAGAAAUUCUGAUACAACAGCAAAUGAAUUUGCCUCUAUUGCCUUUAGAAAUUCUGCAUUUUGUUCAUGGGAAUUAGUUGCAUUGAAAUUACAACUCGUGAUAUCCAUAUGUGGUACAGUGUUGGAAGUACAACUAUUGAUCCCCAUAUGUGGUAUGUGGUACCUAGCACAGCUACCUGUCAGUCAUUCCUGUAACUUAAGCAUUUAACAGUCAUUCAGUUAGUCUGAUUACAGUGCUGAGGGAAACAUACAGAAGCAUUUUACAUCUCAGUUGUGUCUGAUCUGUUGUUGUUAUGGGCAACAGAGCCAGCAUGGUACACUUUGCUCUCAGAUAGUUUUAGCAGCAGUUUUAAAACAGGAAGAAUUAAUGAUUCAAAUAAGUGUAUACUUCCCACCUGUUAGUCGCACAUGGACUUCACAUAAUGUGUCCUAAUUGCCUUGUAUCUCGUGAUACAGUGCCAAUUUAUGUAUGAACUCCCAGAAGUGCCAAGUUUACUAAUCUGUGUAGAGGCUGUGUGUAAAAUUUAUUUGUGAAUAAAUACAUAAUUAAUAUAAUUAUAAA